AUGGACGUGUCUUGGAGCCCGCCUGCCACACCCAAUGGCAUACUUAGAGCAUACAAUGUUAGCAUCGAUAUUGGGACAACUGCCAGCAAACAGGUGGAAGGUCUUAAUACGAGCUUCGCAGAUCUGAAACCACUGACCACUUACAAGGUUACCGUCAGAGCUCAAACUGCCGCCGGCUAUGGAUCUGCCGCCUCAGUAACUGUUACCACGGAUCCAGACGGUAUGAAAGUUACAAUUUUUAGCACGCUUUCUCCUUUACUUUACAUCUUAUCAGAUUGGCGGACGAGAUUCUUGCAUAGAGGUUUCAUGCUGUCUGAUCACAGAUCCAGACGGUAUGAAAGACACAAUUUUAGCAUGCUCUCUCCUUUAAUUUACAUUUUAUCUGAUUUGCAGACGAGAUUCUUGCACAGGGAUUUCAUGUUUCUGAGAAAAAGUUUUGGCCUUAUAGCCCUUGAAAUAACAGCCCAGACUAUAUAUUAGCCUUCCCGGCCUAGUGCUGGAGUUGGCAACCUACAUCUCCCCUUUCUAUCGGCAUUGCUCUGGAACUCGCGAAUACUUCGUUGAGAUAUUAACUAAAAUUUAAAUCUUACAUUGCAGCGCACCCAUUUAGCCCGGCGGACAUUUAUGGGUUAUAAAAGGGCUAGAGUAUUGCGAUUACUUUUUCAACGUUUUGACAUCUCAGUAAAAAUAGAACUUCGCCUCUCUGCAUUUUAAAGCAUCAGCCGCAAGAUUCACGUUUAGAUAUUAAUCAACUACCGACAAAUGAAAUCGCGAAAAGCUCCGGACACUAACUAUUACAUAUUUAAUCUCUCAACACUCAUCUAUAUCAGCAAAAUGCUGCAUACACAGAAACGACCUUUUCGACUCAAAUCUACGUGCAUAAAAUGAAAAAAAGUUGGUUUAGCCACUGUAAGAGGCGUUGUAUAUCUUAGUUUUUAUAUUUAUCACGUAGAAGAGGCAAUUACCGAUCGGGAAUAUCUUUGUUUAUUUAAAUGUACUUCGCUUUAUGUGAGACAGUGACUUUCUGAUUUUUCCGACCCAAGUAACGUAAGUACGACUUUAAGUAAAAAUGUCAUUAAGUUAAAGUGUGAGGAACAGGCCACCGGGAGAUAAAGUUGGGUGAUGGAUUUGCUAAGUUAUGUUUAUUGUGGGGCUGCGGGGAUCAGAUCACCAAUACACUUAGUUUAUUUGUUCAAAUGUCCUUAGAAAUGGGUGAUUAAAAACCUACUCCGUUUGCUAAAGAAGUAGUAGCAAGGAUCCAGGCAUACAAAACGUUUGCGUUUUCGUCCAUUCUGUGAGCAUCAAUGACAGGACAACUGUCAGCAAGGAUGUAGAAGGCCUUAGUGCAAGCUUCUCGAAUCUCAAACCCCUGAACACAUACACGGUAACCGUCAGGGCUAAAACCUCAGCCGAUCAAGGACUUGCCGCCUCGAUAACAGUCACAACGGAUCCGGACGAUAUGACAUGCACAAUUUAAGCAUUCCUUUUUAUCAUAAGUGGCAUCCCAUCAGCCAGCCGGAUGCGAUUUUGCAUGACGGUUUCCCACUGACUACAAUCAAGGAUAUGUAAUUUGACAGUUUUCAAGGGUCAUGCGAAAUACUUGAUCAAAGCCCUCGAACGCUGUCAUGAGCAUUAAUACCUAUCACGUGAGUCGGUAUAGCAGUCGACUUUCAUUGUGUUGAAAGGAACGUCUUGCUGUGUUUAAUUUCGUCAUUUUGGCUGUUUACGUCCACGGUAGAACAAACAGUGGUUUGACCGUAAAUUCACCAUUGGUUUUUCGUGUCCACUGGAAAAAUUCUUCGUACUCAAGGUCCGCCGAUAGGUUAUGGGACCCGCUCAGUGGAUAGAGCUUAAUAACCCAAAUGAUGCGGACUGGGGUCUUGGGUGGCCUCGAGCCUGGAGUUUCAGUACGGCUGGCUAGCGACGACUAGUGGGGUAGAAAUUUUCCUUCCAGUCUCUCCUAUCUUUAUGGGAAGUAGGAAAGGUAGAGGUAAAUUAUGCUGACAGAUAGGGAGUAUAACCACGGAGGAGGACAGUCUUCGUAUCCUCAGCACAGAAAUAUAAUGACCAGCUCUAAUAUCCGAAAUGAUGGAUCGACUAAUAGCAGAAGUAUAUAAUCUGUAUACGCUGCGUUUGGAAGAUAGGUUGGAAGCUUGUCGCAAAAUGAAUGAUGGUGAUGUACUAUCAACCCCGUUAUUCAACAGGAUAUUGAAGCCUUUUCCUGUCGAGUUGUAUCAAAUAGGCCAGUUAUCGACAGGAAUAUGCUGCUGGUUACCUAGCAAAUCAAAAUAAUGUGUCUGUUGAGCCGCUCGAUGUUUGCUCAUCGAUUUCAUGACUGAAAGCCUAAAUCAAUGCGUCAUCGUUUUCCUGCCACGUGAUAGAGCGUCCUGGACACUUUCGUACAAUGUCCUUUGACAUUCCAAUGCCAUGUUAUUCUUUCAUUCCGACCGAAGCACUGCCCAAGCAGGUAUACCGGCAGUCCUUGACAAGGGCAUAAAAUUAUGGAUGCUUCACAUCACGAAGCGCUGUCUUUGUUUGCUUUUAUAGAGACCCAACUGCCCAAAGCCCCGAAGAACUUGAAAGCUGCUCUCCAAAGUCCGACAUCAGCAGUGAUUACGUGGAACAAACCCGAAGGUUCUUCUCUACCAAUCACAGGCUACCUACUUUCAUUCAGACAACAAGGAGGAGAGUUGGAAUCAGUUAGUAUUUCUGGAGACACGAUGACCUACUUCCUCACUGGCCUCCAACCAUCGUCCAUAUACGAACUUUCGCUCCGCGCUUCCAGCCAAUAUAUCAAUGGCGAACCGGCUACCAUUACGCUGUCCACUGUCGUAGCAGGUAGGCUGUCCACGUAAUACUUUUGAUCGUUGCAGUCCCUAAUGUUUCACCGCCUCUUUCUAAUCACUGCUAUCAUCGAUUUUGCCACUCUCAAAUCCCCCCCCCCAUCAUCAUCAGACCAGCAAAGGCUCUAUCAGAUCCCGUUUUACGGAGCACCGUUUUUGUUUUCAUUCUGCUUUUCCCAUAUUCUUUUUAGUCAUCCCUCUUCUUCUGUAACAGAGUGCGAAUCUCAAAUCUCAAUCGUUGCACUUCAUUUGCAUAUCGGUUUCCUACACCCUCUGAGCCAAACUCCCUAUUCCUCAUUUUCGUAACGGCAGGCUGGGUGGACCCCACUUACUUGCGCAUACAAAAGUGGUUACUGAAUUUAUUUAAGUAGGCCCUGUUUGCUUGCCAUUCCUUUGAGCACAGAGGUGGCCUUUGCUUUUCGUCCCUACACAUGCUUUCGGUUGACGGAAUAUUAGCUAUAGUCAGUUUUGGCCAAAACACUUGAGUAAAUUUGAAUUGCCUGGUCACCAUCGCGCUAAUUCGUGUUGCUACCGUUGACCAAAAUAUCGAUGUAUUAACCAGUGAGACAUCCUUGCGUCGGCUGUUCAACCAAGGCAUUUGUUACCACACCGGACCGCCCAAAAUUUUGUUUUCACGUGCUUAUUCACUAACAGCACCAACAAGAGAACGAGCAUCCACACAAACUAGUCUGUAAACUUUAAAAAAUUAAAUUUGCACUCUUGGAGAAAAAAGCGGCAUCGGAUCCGAGGAUGCUGUAUCAACGGUCCCGCGGCUAGGACAUUCUUGGUAAGCGAAUAUGAAUUUGUAUUCAAGCUCCUAAAAUAAUUUUACCCCUAGUCAUUUCAGAAAAACCAGUUAAUUAAGAUGAAUCAUAUAUGUAGUUUCCUCUUUCUUUGGCUGAUUUGUGUUCAGAUUCUGUUACCAUGAGUACGGAUCGGGUUGCAGUUACUUGCAGUUGCUGCCUUACUAAGCAGUAGCACAUGACUCACAACAGCGUCGAAAUAAGUGCACCGGCAGCUGCAGUAUGUGUCAAAAAUCCUGGUGUUUUGAAGGAUUAGUGAAUACCCUCUUCUUGCAAGAUCGUGAAUCGGUAUACUCCGAGAACCGAAGACCCGGUUGCUGAUAGGCGAUUACUGUGGGGCACUUAUAGUCACUUUCAGCACUGGCGUUUCCAAAUAGGCAGCUUUGUUGGACUUCGAUUUCAGACUUUGCUCAUGGUUUGAACUACUAGAUUGAUGAAAUACUUUUUGGUCUCUUAUUCCUCUAAUUUACCAACUAAUAAGGCCAGUGCUUAACUAAAGAAGACUAUAUCUGAUUACUAUCGGUUUCAUACUUCUCAGAUGAGGCGCCCUGUCAAGAAUAAUGCCUGAAGCACUAUGUGUCCUUGCAUGUGUUUGGUAAUUUAACCCUCACCUUCAGAUAUAAAAAUGUUGCGGCCAGUCUCCUGUAGUCAUGAGAGAUGCACUAUGGAUUGAUGCGCAAUCAGCAGUGAGGUUCUUGAUUGUUUAAUAGCCAUAGAUUUUUUUCAGUAGGGCACAAAACCAAUUUCAACUCAGAAUGACCUGCAAGCAAAUUUAGCGGCCAAUGUUCAAGCGCUCGAAAAGCGUAAUCGUUAAUCGUAGGAGCGCUUAGCUGUGUUCCCGUGUUUUUUGGCCGCAGUGUGCGUUCUCUCUAAAGGCCCUCCUCUUAGGUAGUCGGAUCGCGAUUGCCUCUUCUGGCUCAGAAAAACCUGAUAUUAUCCAUUGUUGGUUUAAAUCAACAGAAGUGAGUAAAUCCGAAUUGUCUGGUCGCCAUCGUGCUAUUUCUUUUUGCUAGCGUUGACGAAAAUGUCAGCGCAUUAAGUGAGAAAGAAUUCCUGCGUAGGUUUUGCAAACCGGACCUUUGUAAUCACAACAUGCCAAUUUCCUGAAAUAAGUUCACUGGUGGAUUUAAUGUGAUGCACUCGCUGCCUAACUUAGAAAUAGGACACGACUCACAACGGCCCCCAAAUAUGUACACCGGCAGCUGCAGUAUGUGUCAAAGAUCCGGGUGUAUUGAAGGAUUAGAGGAUAUCCUCUUCUUGCAAGAUCUUGAAUCGGUAUAUUCUGAGAUCCGAAGAGCCGUCUGCUGAUAAGCGAUUGCCUUGGAACGUUGAUAGCCAGUUUCAGCAACUGAGAGACGGGACACGAGACGAUAGCUGAUUUCAUUAGAUUUUAUGCUUCAUAGAUGACCACCCUGUCAAGAAUAUUGCCAAAAGCGCAACGUGUCCUUGCAUGUGCUGGGUAAUUUAACCAUCACGUUCUGACAUUUUAAUAGCCACAGAUUUUUUCAGUAGGGCACAAAACCAAUUUCAAACCAGCAUGAACUGCAAGCAAAUUUAGCGGACAAUUUCCAAGUGCUCGAAAAGCGUAAUCUUUAAUGUCUGGCUUUUUUAUUGCAGCUCCGUCGUUGCCAUCAAAUAUUCGGGCGACCCAGAUAAGUGCGGACGAAGUGCGCAUCACCUGGGACCCUCCCAAGUCUUCACGAGCCGGGGCUGGAGACGACGAAAUGAUUGUGGAAUCAUUUAAGGGUGGAGUUCUGCAGGAAACGGCCAAGAAACCCAUAUCCGAAGGUGUCCAUACCGUAAACGAAAUCCCGCCAAACACUGUGAUGUCCUUCACAGUACAGGUCGUCAGUCCUGGACCUCUUGGAGGGUUUAGUGAAAUCAAACAGCUUCCGGAUCUCAUAACCUGGCCAGCACGUAAGUUUUUGAGCUAGCAGAUUUCAUCAGUCGAAUGUGUCAGUGGUUUGAAGGGCAGAAACCAGAUUUGCCUGCAUAACCACCAUACGACGUGUGCUGCAAAUCUAACUAAAAGCAAAAUAAAUAGGCCUGGAGGAGUGAUGUCAUUCGAAGUUAACCUGAAAAGCCUCAAAAAACUACUCGUUUUCGCCUCUCAUGAAGUCCUAUUCAGUAUUUCCGGAUGCAGUAGUAUGUAACUGGUCGAUAAAAAUCUGCAUUAUAUCCUGUAAAUUAGCGCAUUUCACUUCUUAUAAACUCAUAGCAACUCUAUUCAAGCCACACAUGACAUAUAACGUAAAAAAGCGUACACGUGAUAUUAUCAGGUUCAGCAUGCUUAUGAGAGAAUAAUGGUCUAUUAAAGACAACGUUAAAUAGUCUAUCUGUUUUAAGUUCGGUCUAUAAGCAUUGAUCGACAAGAAAUAUUGGGUAAGACCUUAUUUCGUAGCCUCACCUGUUCGGGGUUAGGGUUAGGCGUUGGGAUUCGGGGUCGGAGUGGAGACCUCGCUAUGGCAGCAUUGAUCAAUAAAAAAUAUCGUCCGAUGGUGCGCUCGAGGAAGCAUGUCACUCAGGAUAUCUGAUUGCUCCUCUGUUGGAGCCUAGUUUAGAUUAAUUUGCCCGGCAUGACUCAGAUGCCUACUCUCAGGGCAGUUUGAUUAAUUCUAACGAUCGCAGGUGCCUAGCUGAUUUCUACUUUAAGAAGCUUCCUCAGUGAGAACGAACUAACGUAAAACGUUUACAUUUCAGCACUGGCAGCACCAAAGGGGCUCAAAUUGACAGCAACGGGAGAAAACAGUUUGUACGCCUCUUGGACUGAAAAUGAAGAAAAAGCCCUCCUCCUGAAGUAUGAAAUAAGAGUUACAGCGGCUGAUACGAAAAAGACGGAGAUCCACUACACGGAUAGCACAUCUAUCUCAAUUAACAACCUUGACACAUUCACGGAAUAUACCGUGGAGGUCGCGGCAGUUGGCAAACCAAACCAAAAUGGAGAAGGGUCUGUGGCUGGCCCAAAUUCCGCGGCCACAGUUAGGACGUGGCCAGGGCGUAAGUUUAUCAUGAAUGACAUUCUAUUUAAAGGCUUGUUAUAUAUAUUGCCAUUAUCGUCAGCAAAUAACACUCCUCUGUCACAUUGUUGGGUUUAAAACGUGUUUAUUGUGGCGAGUAGUUUUGUUUUUAUAUGCCAUGACUUGGUGUUACGUGCGUUCGGGUGUUUAAAACUUUUGACAUGCAGAUGUAGGUAGAAAUUUAACAGAGGAAAAAUCUGUGGACAACAUGUGUGCAUCAUAUGGACACCCUAUGUAACCUUUUGUUUAAACACAAUUUAUAGUGCAACUAUCAGAGGUAUCAAGUAAUGCUGCUUUGCAUAAUACUUGUGCGCGUAACUUUCGCUACUGUCGAUUUGGUUAUUACGACGAGAAAUGUUUAUUCCUUUGUGCCAUGAAUAGUCGUAACGCGCCUACUGAGUUCCUCAUUGGCAAGACGAUGAGGUGGUUGGUAGAAAAUCAUGUCUUCUUCGUAUAUUAUACUCAAAGAAAUUGUAUUUUUCGGUUUUAAAACGUUUCUGAUCAUGAGACUUUUUAGGUUUGUGCAAUGCUUAUUCAUGCAGCACCGUACCUGUACGCCUAUUAAUGCUACGCACGAAGUAUACGGCAUAGUCCGCAUUCACUCUACUUGGUAUAUUUUCGAAGGCGUAGAGGAGUAUGCGAUUUUUUCUACGCAGAAUGUACAGAUCUUGUAAACGUAAAUCGCCCGACGUAGAAGUGCUGAUCUGGCACAUACUCUUUUCGAGUAUAAAACAUGGAGAAGAUAUGGUCUCUUACCAAAUGAGAUAAAAAAAGCAUAUUUAAUGCAUGUUUUUUAUAAAAUAUAUUUAAAUUUGUAAAACCAUCGAAAAUGAAUGUUAAAUAUGCAUACUAUUAUGUAGUCAUCUAUUUGCUGAGUUCGGUUUUUACUUGAGGACGAAAAAAGGUACAUUGAGAAGUCAACAACCUGACGAGUCCGAAAUACUAGUAGACGGUGCCGCGUGAUAAUCAAUACUACAACUCCCCCUAUGUAAUCCUUCCUAAUUGAAAGCGCAUUUCUGAGUUUCGGCUAACAUUUCAUGAGAUCUGUCACUCACUGUUUUUAAUUAUGGUAGUACUUGCGGAUGUUCACCUAUUUAAAGGACAAAAAUAUGAAAAUCACUUGCAUCUGACAUAUUCCUCCAGAUAUUCACUCUACUAAAUUUCUACCUGCAAAUAUAUACCAAGAGCUCCCAACCACACCAUCGUCUAGUUAAUGAAGAACUCAGUAUGACAAAUAGAAGUUGCAGAUGUUAUUGCCAUUGUGAGCUAACGUCUGGACGCCAAAUUUUUAAGAAUGUAGUGUCACCUGUCUUGUCAGCUGUACAAAGCUCUGUCAAACCACAAUAUUCACUAAUUGGAACAAUUUAACUCGAAUUUCUCCUUCUCUUUCACGCUGACAAGAUCGUUUUUAUGCCUCAUUUUAGGCGGAGGAAUUCCAGCAGAACUGAAUGGCAGUGCAACAGACACGAGCAUUUUACUCUCGUGGGAGAAGCCUCAAGGACGUCCGACGGGCAUAGUAAACUACUACGAGGUAACGGUCAAGGACAAGACCGGCAACGAACCCGACAAGGUUGUCCAGGCCUAUGCGCAAACAUUCACCGUUCAGAACCUGAAGCCUCUCACAAUGUACACAGUCGAGGUACGCACAAGGAAUAAACCUGCUGAAGGCACUAAAAACGGGGGCGGCGGCGGUUUGGGCGAUCCAGCAAUCCUAGACGUCGAAACCUGGCCAGGCGGUAAGCAUUCUCUUCCCUCAGCACUGCUCAUAUACUCACUGGAGUCGUCAGAAGUUAGGUUCGUUGAUGGGGUUGAUCAAGAAUAAUGCCCGAAUUUUCGUUGCUGGGAUGAUUCGUGAGACGGUUUUGUCAAGGUGUCUUCUUGGGAUUUCACUCCGCACGUGCCCUUGAAAGGGGAUUAUGAAGGGCAGAGCUUACUUUUCUGUCACAAGUGUGGUGUAUUUUGCUAAUAUCUUGAUAGUAUUCUUCACAAUAUAUCUGUCAGGAUACCUGUUCUGACCAAGCGGGUCUCGGAUCCUUCUAAGCCCCUCCUUCAUGUUGUCUGCCGAACAGAUUUCAGUAAGAUGUGGUUAUGCACCCCCACCUGAUGGACACAAUGCUGUUGGAGUUGGGGUUAGGGGUUGGGUUAGGGUGAGGGGUUGUGGUUAGGAACGAAGGCUAAGUGUUAGGGUAACUAUGUUUUGAUCAUCGAAAGUAAAACCGCGCAUUCCCAAUAGCUUUUCUUUUGUACACAGUUACUUGACCUCGCUGCCUGUGCGUUUCCCGGUCCCACCUGUAAAAACCCAUUACCAUAGGUUCCUUAUUACAGGUGGCUGGGGUUUGUUUACUUCAGGCGAGACUAUAUAACCAAAUCUGGCCCAAAUUUCUCUAGCCCUUUGUGACAAAUAGCAAUCUAGAUUACAUUUAUGUUGAAGGGACACAAAACUAAUAAAGUUCACAUAUUAUUCAGACCACGUUUUCUUGCUGAAGGCGCUCCUUGGGACUCUAUCAUUGGAUUACUUCAUUUUGACGGUCCGCUGUCUUUGAUCAUCCUCAUGCAGAAUUCGUAAUGUGUCCUGAUGCAAAGAAAUUGGAUCCGACUAAAGCAUGAAAGCCCCAUUAAUUGGAUUAUAUGCAAUGCCCAAUUGUCUCACAUUUUUUCCCCACUUCAGGCUCCCUUGUACCAACUAACGGAAAAGUGGAACUUCUGCCACCUUCGGCGAUAAAGGUGAGCUGGUCGCCACCGCAAGGCCUAAUUGGCUCCGUUGAGGAGUACCGUGUUCUGCUCAAGAAAGGUGAUGUCCUCGUUCGCUCUGAGUCGGCACCACGAACCACAAUGAGUCUCGCCUUGACAGAGUUGGAGACCGGCGUAAAGUACAAAGUCUACAUUCAGGCCAAGAUUGCUCCGAACAGCCAGGGGAAGGGCGGUCGCUUGGGUCCAGAAGUUUUCAUCACUGAAACCUCCUUGACUGAAUCAGGUAUGGUGUCCCGUGUAUGUUGGUAUUCGGGUUUUCACGAUGGGCAAAAGCAGAAUACGCACAGUGGGGGGAAAUACUCGAAAAACUUUGUCGGAAAGGUUUUGGAGACGUCAGCAAUGGAAAACAUAUAUUUGAUGAGGUGGCGCAAGCCAAAGCAUACGUGAUAACACCCAGGCGGUCAAAGCACAUGCUUGCAGUCACUGGUCGGUGUUUCACAUAGGAAAGCGUUGCGUCAUGAUAAGUGUAUUCUUUUCUGUAAAUAUGUAAGCGGUGCCGGAAAGUGAUGCUUAUUUUAACAAAUAACAACAAAGGCAUUGUCGGGAAACGUUUUACUUUCUGAAAUGUUAUGCAGACACGGUCGGCAUCAAUCACUGCUGCUCAUCCUGAAACUAAGUUUUGCCUCGUCCUCUUUAUAUAUAAGUGGUUUUGCUGUGAUGCAGAGAGUUCCAAGAACCUGGUGUUGCUGUCAUUAAUAUUUCAAAUGAUUGUUCCGCCAACGUAUUGCUCCAGACAUCUCAACAAAUGAUGACUAGUUGGCGCGCAGUCAGGGGAAUAGGCUCGAUAGGACGAGAAUUUCCACUCCGAAUCUCGAAUCCCGUUGCGGGUUCCCGGCGCUAUAAUGCAGCAGAAUGACAUCUUUUUUGUUGAUUAGCGUUGGGUGUGUAACGGCAAGAGCUAGGUCCAAACAUUCUUAUUAUUGACAUUAGAGGUCUUUUGUUACGGUUCUAUUUUGUUUCAGUAGCUGAAAGGGACGUAGGCCUACCAUACUCCAUCAAACUCAUCGCAUUCUUCACUGCAGCGUGGGCUUGAUUUCGGUGUAGUAAAUGGUCCUUGCACUCAUUGUCAGCUUAGUGAAUCAAUUCCUCGUCUUGGGGGAAAAUUUACUGAAGAGAUGGUCCCCUCUCCGAUCUGCGUGACGAACCGUUGUGGAUUGUGUCACCCAUAAACUGAAUAUUUGAAGGAAGAAGGGAGACUGAUUUAAAAAGAGGUUGUAAUAAGUCCUACGUGCUGUAGAUGCCCUCAGCGUUUUUCAUUGUUGUGAAGAUUUUUGAAUUACCUAAGGGUUUUUUUAAAUAAAUUCACACGGCCAUAUUUCGUCCCAUAGUGCUAAUUAGAGAAUAUUGCAGUAAAAGUGGAGUCCAUCUUGUACUGUGUGAUCAACAGUGACGAAUAGCACGAUGGAAAAUGUACGUUCUCAGCGUUUGAGAAGGUUUCGGCUGUUUACAGGAGGGAACCAAUGUGUGAAUAUGAGAAAACCACCUUCCUAAAGAGUAGAAUGAAUAGGGACUUUUGCUUGGAUUGUACAUAUACACUUUGAAAAAGACAAAACAGCCAUCGAAGCUUGACUAGAAAUAUGUCCCUUAUGUAGGCAAUGGUGCCCUUGUCCAGUGGCGUGUUUAUAAGAGGUUAUAGACGACCGGCGAGGAUUGAUUUUCCUGCUAAUUUCUUCCUUAACCCUUCCUAAACAGCCGUUUUUACAUAAAAGAUUGUCGAUGAAACUCCGCCGAUAUUUCCAGAGAAUUACUGCCAAUCUGUGAAUUUCUGCUGUCGUGUUCAACGACCAGGUUACGCAUUAGUACCAAGGAGCUUUAGGACUUCGGCAUUAACACCACCAUGAUUGAAGACUAACUACGUCCACUAACUUAAUUAACUAUGUCUACUUUGUUGGAGAUCUACACAACGUAAGUACAACUGUCAGGGACCCGUUGUCGAAUUAGUAAUUCUAGUUCAAAGUGUAAAAAAACAAAUGUAUCGAAUAAAACGAGGAUUGUCAAUUUAAAGUCACCAUUUCUAGGUUAGGAACGCCAGUCAGCCGGCUAAUAAAGAUGAAACUCCCAAAAUGACAGUUUGAACUCAGGCGCCCACCUCUGAGUUGCAUGAUAGUUUUCUAAGUCUACAAACUAUGUCAUUUGUUAACUGCGAUUGGCGUCAAUCCUCCACGUUGUGAAGGGUUUCAGGAAGUGUGGCCCACAAAUUAUGUGUGAAAUUGAUUGCGAUGCACUGUUACCCCUAUCAUUAUAUAAUUUCUGCUCUCUAACCUGUGAAAUGCUUCAUUAGACUAGUCAGAGUAAUAAAAUUUGCUUUUAAAUGUUAAUUUGAUUGCUUCGGAACGCAAACAUACAUUUUGAUGCUUCAUUUAAACAGAAAAUAAAAUAGUUUACCCAGCUGUUCAAAAACCAUUCGAAAGCUUAACGCCAAAGGACUUCUUAAGCCUGAGGAUCACUGCUCAUGAAAUGGACUGUAACGUUUCAUGAAACAUCAGCGUAGAGGAAUUACAGUUCUACGAUGUUGAAAAUUUUGCUAGAUAGAACAAUGGAGAUCUUCAGGAUAUUCCGGAUUUCGUUUUCGUCAUAAUCGAGGAGUCUGACAUGAAGAGUAUGUCUUGUCAUAGAAAGACAGCCCUUAAUGUUCCUACCACGUGCUUAUCCAAUAUUUUAACUGCUACUGAGCUCAUAGCCCAAAUCUAGAGACUUUUAUAGACUUUACAUUUGAUAUGAGUAAUACUCAUUGCAGUUCAAGCUUGUGUUUGUCUUCGGCAGGUGGCGGAGGUGACGUCCAGCUCACAGGUGGCCUUAGCGGAGGCGCCAUUGCUGGCAUCGUGAUUGGUGUCCUUCUCGCGUUCGUUCUCCUGCUUCUCCUCGUCCUUGUUCUAAUGAGAAGACGCAACCAGAACGUUAUGAUCGAUGACUUCCAGUGGUCAGAAGGAACAGGCGCAAGCUUCUUCGUUGACGACAUAGAGAUGAGCACAUUUGGAAGGUAAGCGUCACGACGGGCUCUUUCUGUGAUUUGUAAUUUCUUCACACUUUGAAGAAAGAUGCGACCUCCCAUCAGUGCAAAGCGAUGGCGCCCCAGAAUGCGGGUUUUCCCGCAUGGUUUGCCUUCUGAGAAAGGCCUUUUUAAUUUAUUCCGAUAGACAUUUUAGUUAUUUUAUGUGACGGGAAAUGUCAGUUUUGCACUCGGUAGUAUGUCGCUCAUUUAGCUGGAAACUUCUGCAAACAAUGCGGUACGCACGAGCAUUAGUGAGGAAGUCGUUUCUGAUUUAGUCGCGUAAGAGAUGACCGCGUUAAUGCGCUCGGACGCCAAAUAAGUUCACUGAGGUCAUCUUCUGAAGUGGAACUAUCUAACGCCACGCUCUUUGAGGUUAGUUUAGUAUUACAUGCAGAACGGUACUGGGUACUUCACAAUGAAUUUUCGCAUUUAAAUAGAAUUUAUGAGUGAAGUCAGAAAGGUUUACUACUAAAACUUUAUUCUUACGACCAAAAAUUAAAUCCAGAUUAUUAACCACGUUUUUUGCGUGAUUACGUUAUCCGGUGUAUCCCUCCGGGCGACUUAAGAAGCGUUAAUUUUGAAACACUAAAUUUAGGGGAGCACAUUUGCUAAAACCAUGAUAAAGUCAUCACGCGAUCAGAGACUUUAAACGUAGCAUUAACUUCACCCUACAUUACUUUCUUAUUUUUCCUUAAGUUAUAUAAUCAGAGGGUAGGAACUGGAUCAAGGGACUUUGGUUUGUUGAAGUGCUGUAGCAUAUGUGACUGGAAUAAAUUACCUUAAAUUAGGAAAUUUGAAAUAAUGAAAUGAUCAAAAAGUAGAAUCAGAAUUGGUUUUUCGUCAUUUUGAACUCCACGUUCCUUUUAAAACGAUGAGCACAACAAGGAGGUAAAUCGACUUGUUUUCACUCACAAAAAAACACUUUUAAAUAGAUUCUUGAGGGUUUUGGCAAUUAGAGAUUGACAGUUCGACCAUCGAUUUCGAUGAUGUCCACCGUGUGCCCCACAGACUGCAAUGUGGGAGCAGGGGCGGUGACUUGCGCAGGGGUUUAUAGUGCCAGUAGACUUGCGUAGCAUCUACCUACACUCUCCCCUCCUCCCCCACCUGAGCCCGGUGUCAAGACCAAGUCAAGAAGACCGGAGACGGGGGAGGCCGCAGGUGGAUGGCUCGGACGGAUCCUGUCUUGGCGCUCCACUCCGCACCCCCUGGUCUACACACAAAUAACCAGGAUUUUGACCACAAAACAAUGGGGUGGUGGCAGUGGUCCAGUUGUACGACGAAUGCCGACAACAGGGUCCGCCAGCGCACCCCGCAAAUGUUGGCAUUUGUUAUUGCGCGCAGAUAACGCCUGCCAGAGUCCGAUGUGGCCCCCGUGUUGGUCCAGCGCAUCUAACACGUGGCCCGUUCUGAGGGCACAGCAAUAAGAGAUUACAUUUCUUAACAAUACCACAUAUAAUGCCAUUGAUGACAUUGUUGACGGGUUUCUACCUUGAACUGUGCUUUGCGAAAAACUUAAAAAUCACAUUGGAGACCAUUUCAGCGGUGACGAACACUAAAUAUAGGUCGUGAUGAAAAUGAUGUAAAUUAUGGUAUUAGAGGUUGUAAACCGACAUUAGACCAGUAUAUUUUUAAAAUUAUUGUUCUAAAUGGGUAUUGCAUAUUAUUGCAUUUAAGAGCGUGUACAAAACUUAUGCAUGGAUGAUUGCGGUAAACGUUAAAGUCAGACGUUCAGAGAAAAAAUAUUGACUUUAUCCAUACAUAGGUUGUUGCACGUUUGAACCGCCUUUGGAAUUCACUGACUAUUCAUCUCUUAUUUAUGCUAAUUGCCUCUAAACAAACUAAAUUUUACUGUCUUUUUAGCGAUAUGGGGUCAAUGUUGUAAAACGACCUGAAGGGAUCCAGGCGUUCGAAAACUCCAGCAAAUGACCAACUGGCUCAUCAAUGAAAUUAAUACUUGCUUACAACCGCGAAGUCCGAAAAUUAAUUCUUAUGCCCUUUUCAAUGCUUAAAAUACCAACCUUGGUUUUCGAAAAUAAAAUUAACUGAGACAUGUUAUUUCUAUAAAUUGGAUUGGGAAUAUUUAUUUUUGAAUCCAUAAACGUUGACCUUUACGAAACUCAUGAGAUGAGUACAUGGGGAACGGAUGCAGUGACUCAUAGGACAUAAAAUAUUAGAUGAUGCAGGAAAGCAACUGAAGAUGAUCUAAAAUGAGAGUAUAUCUUUUAUAAAAUCGCGUGGAUAUUGGUGAUAAAUAAGAACAGUAAACGUAAUAAAUUUUAAAAGGACUAGACUUAUCUCUGAAGUAAAGUUUACAUAGCUUCGGAAAUACACAACGUGGAGGUUUUGCCGAAUGUCCAAAAACGUCGAAGUGCUUAUUUUUCGGCCAUGUAAUUUUGAACGGAAGCCUAACGAAAUAUUUUCAUACUUCGCGAGUUCCUUCAUUUGCGUCGGUAUUUAACAAUCGAAUCCAACCUUAUCUAACACAUUAAGAGCAAAUAUUUUACGAUAGGAAACAUUUUAUCCAGGACCAGAUUAUCAACAAACAUUAGGGAGACUGGUAUGGUCGUUUCUGGCCUACAAGUCAUCGUCCGUCAGCCUUACCCAACUCCGGGUUCGGUGUAAUCCGAGGCUCGGACUUGCGUUCUUCUGACUGAUAGGCGGUAGUACAUCCAACUGCAAUCGUUAGUCCACAGACUCCUUGUCCUGUCGGUUGGGAUCGGAAAUAUUAACGUUCACUGAUCGGAUGACGGGACCCGCUCGUCCUGUUGCGCUUUGAGGCUGGAUCUGGACUCCCACAGCAUUCGUACAGCGACAGGCAAUAUACGCAGGAGAUUACCAAUAAAGAGAAGGGAAACUGAGAUUUCUCAGUGGUUAGAACUGACAUCUAGUGAACCAUAACUGUUUAUCGAACUCCCCAUUGUUUACUUGUCUGACCUGAAAACCCGCUCAGUUACUGAUUAAAAUUCUACGAGAGCCGAGUGAAGAAAGAUUUUGUCUCCCCGGGACACUUGUCUUCCUGAGACACUUGCAGACACUGCUCUCGCGGUGUCGGUCGAGCCAUCGUCCGACUGCCAAAUCCUACCAACCUCUUCUCUAAUCGUUCUGCACGGAAUAAAACCUCCUCCCAACUGGCGUUCCACGCCUUAGGCCGCUGCGAUAGUAACACUACCGAGGUGGGCGCGGGCUCGAUGACUGACAACGCUAUCCACCUCGUCUAA